GGCAAAAAUAAAGAAUAAUUUCGAGGAAAGGAGGAUCUCGCAAGGAUGUAAAGUUUUUCAAACAAAACACCUCCUCGCCUCUACAUAUAUGGAAUGGAAGGAAGCCAACAUUGCUUUUAUAUCUCGAUUGCCGCCCCCCUUCUCUUUCUCUCCCAUUUUCUCUUCCCAUUUCUUCCUCUCCCUCCUCCCUUUCCUCUCUGCAAGUCUCUUCCGUUUCAUCUCUCGGUCGCUUUGCUCCACCCCCAGUUCGCCGUUUCGUUCUUCGCCAGGCUUGAAAGACAGAAAGAGCUGUCGGGAUGAGCAUUCAAAGUUCAAAUGAUCUACAUGAUUGGAGUUCAAGAGUUAUUGAGAGAAGAACAGUGUUGGACUUCGACUUGAAUUGUCCACCCCCAGACGAGUGCAUUGAUCCAACUGGCCUGCCUGAUGAAGCAGCGCAAUACUACAAUCAUUACCAAGGACAAGCCACGGACGCCAUCGACGAGGACAUUGCUAUAAUUUCUCCUAGGAAGUUUGCUGAAGCCAGGAAGAAUUUUCGCAGAAACCACUUUGAGAGUGGCUGUGGUGCAGUCAUCAGACGUAAUGGCAACACAGAAGUUUAUGGUGCUCUCUCAGAUGUAACAACUUGGCCCCCUUUUACAAUUUGGUCGCCUCUUACAAUUAGCAAUAAUGUAUCCUUACAGGAACAACAAACAAUUCACAACUUGGACCUUCGCCUAAGCUGUGAAAGCAGUAGUAGGGCCACUAAGGCAAAAACUGACACUGACAUUCCUUCUACACUUGCACUAAGUAGUAGCAUCCCACCUACAGAUAGGACUUUGCGAUGUGCAAUCUGCAUAGAACCAUUGGUUGAAGAAACGACAACAAAAUGCGGGCACGUUUUCUGCAGGAAUUGCAUUGAAACGGCCAUAGCUACUCAACAUAGAUGUCCCAUAUGUCGGCGAAAGCUUAGAAGACGAGAUAUUAUCCGGAUUUACCUUCCUUUUACAAGUUAAAAAAGAAAAAAAAGAUGAAUACAACACAUGAAUAUUGCAUCUGUAUUCUUUUUCUGAUGAUGAUGACGACGUCUAGGUUUGUACUUGCACACAGUUGCAUUAACAAAAUAUAGAUUUCUUGAUUUCUUCUUUUUUUCUUGUUGUUCAUCAUCUGUAUUGAAUGAAACUAUAAACAAAAACUACAAUCUCUUUGAUAUGAGGUGGUUUGUAUUUGACUGAAAAAGACAGACGGUUGAUUCAUUAAAAAUAGUUUAUUGAUCACUUGAAUUAAUUAGAAAGAGGGAAUGGAAGUGUUGGCUGGCUCUCUUUUGAUGAA